UCUAACACGUGCGACCACUGUUCUCGCGCAGUGACCGUUGUGCGCGCGGCGUCUUUAGCUUCUCCACUCUCGUUCGGCACGCACUCUACAACGGGGUCCCUCUACAAGUCCACUAACGGGAAUCUUUUAAUAUCAGACCGAUCGUCAUGGCAGAGGAAUAUCUUUACGGAAUCACUCUCGAAGGAGCCAACUCCAGCGAGGUAUGGGAUCCAGAGCACAAGAACGACGACGCAGACGGCACGAACCAACAUUUUGGGGCCGAUCAGAAGCUUAUUAUAAAAAUGGCACUUUUAGGACCAGAGGCUAAACCCGGAGAACUCAAUGUACUACAGGUUGAAGCAAUGGGACUGAAGGGACCGAUUAAAACACCAAUUGCUCUGUUGGAAAUGGGAAAAACAGCACAGAUUAUUCUAGAUCUCAGUUUUCCUGACCCUCCAGUCACAUUCACUUUGGUUAAAGGCAGUGGCCCUGUUCACAUAGUAGGACAUAAUCUUCUUGGUACACAUAUGGAAGAGUUUGAUGAUAUGGAUGAUGAAAUGGAGGAGGAGAACAUUGAAGAUGAUGAUGAUGACAAGGAGCCAGAAGACGAAGAAGAUGACGAAGAUGAACCCAAGAAGAAGGUUGCCAAAUUAACAACUGCAGCCAAAUACAAAAAUCAAGCUAAUAAGAACAAGAAAAAAUAAGCACGAGCCUUAAUAUUACGGAAAUACAACAAACUUUUAAGUUAGGAUAAUAAGCGUAAGUCCAUCAUUAUCAUCCGCAUUUAUGCGAAUCUAGUAUCGUUUCAUCAGAUUAUCAGACGAAAGCGUUGCCUUCCACGUUUCUACGACACAACUGGACCAAUAAAAAGCUAUAAGAAUUCUUACAUCACAUAGCUUGAUCGAAAUACGAUCACGUUUGAUUGGUCUAUGGACACUACAUUUUAAUUGAGUAGUAACAUAACUUUUAUCAAGAAAGAAAUUCGUAUCUGUUUUAACUCUAUCACUGUUUUUAGUCUACAAGACCCUGUUUAAUCAAACAUCUCUUGACAUGCCUUAGAAGAAUGGCCUUGAAAAAAGUAUUAGACAAACUCUAUGGGGUAUUACGCAAUGUGAAUCAAAAAUUAUUUUUUUGACAAAAUUUUAUGGAGUUGGAAGUUCGGGGGGCAUUCUUCUGAGAGCUGAUCGCACAUAGUAGCUUGUUCCAGCUUGUUGCAAUGGAAUAAACAAAAAAAGAUGUUUCAAAGGAAGAGAUAUGUCUGUAAAAUAUCGAAAGAACAUAACUAUGUAAGGAAGAAUAACAUUUGGUCCAGUUGUUAAUAAAAUCAGUGGAAAGCGCGAAUGGACACACAGUGAGGUGUAACAAUAUUGUUUCCUUUUCCGUCUUCUUCAAUGCCGUGUUCACACAGCGACACUUCCAGUGAUGUGCGAAGGUACACUUAAAUUCUAAUGUAGUCAUGUAAACGCGAUUCAGAAAACGAAUUACUAUGCCCUUUACAACAAGAGAAAAUGUAACAACAAUUGCGAAGACAACGUUCCAGUGUAAUUUAUUAUUUUCGUGUGUACAAGAUGGGGGAAAGGGUAAUAGUCACAAAAACCCUUACACCAGAAUGUUAUUAACGACUGUAAAGAGGGGAAAAAUGAUAAGGUCAGAAUUAAAAGAAAAGAAAGAAACAUUUACGUGUCAUCUCGACAUUCAUUCCAUUUGAUGAAAGAUUACAGAAGAGGGGGUUACAGGUGUACUACACAAUGUGAUGCUCUUAAAUCAGUGUUAUAUGCGGUAAAAGCAUAUGUGAAGCGUGUAUAAAACGCGCCCGUACGAUUGAUAAGUAGUCUGUACACCUAUUUUGUACAUAUACGAUACAAUAAAAAAUUUCACAACUUUUAAUCAG